AGGGCAGUUCGGGAAAGAGGGCAGUUCGGUGAAGACAAAAGGAAAAUGACAGUGGUUGUUGUCCUAGCAGUUGCUCUGUACAGUUAUAAUCCACAUCCCUUCUAAUUCCUCAACUACCCCUUCUCUCUUCUUAGCUUCCCCUUCCCCUUCCCCUUUAAACUAUUUCACUUUCUUUCUUCUUCUUCUUCUUUUUUGUUUUUUUCCUGACAUUGUCUGAAGCUCCGGAUUUUGUUUUAGCUUCUUUUGGGCUCUUCUGGUUGUUGUAUCACUUUCUGAUUCUACCCCUUCUCCCCAAAUUUUCAAACAAUGCAAAUGGGUUUCCAAAAAAUAUGAUCUUUCACUCUUGACUUUGACGUACAUAAUCUUGGCUGUCUGCAUCUUCUUCUUCUUCCUCCUCUUUCUGAAUAUUUCUUUCCCAACAUUGUUCUUCUUGUACUUUCCCUCUGGCUGCUUCUUAUGGAAGCUGGGGAGGAUUGUUGCGUGAAGGUCGCCGUCAACAUCCGCCCGCUAAUCGGCGAUGAGCGCCUUCUGGGGUGUAAGGAUUGUGUCACCGUCAUCUCCGGGAAGCCUCAGGUACAAAUUGGAUCCCAUUCAUUUACAUUUGAUCAUGUCUACGGAAGCACGGGUUCACCCCCAUCCUCGUUGUUUGAAGAAUGUGUAUCUCCGCUUGUAGAUGGUCUAUUCCAAGGCUAUAAUGCUACUGUUCUAGCCUAUGGCCAGACAGGAUCAGGGAAAACGUAUACCAUGGGCACAGGUAUUAAGGAUGGUUGUCAAACAGGAAUCGUCCCUCAAGUCAUGAAUGUAUUGUUCAACAAGAUUGAAACUUUAAAGAACCAAAUGGAAUUUCAGUUACAUGUUUCCUUUAUUGAGAUUCUCAAGGAAGAAGUACGAGACCUGCUUGAUUCAACUUCUUUUACCAAAGUGGAGGGUGCAAAUGCAGGGAAAGUAACUCUGCCUGGGAAACCACCCAUACAAAUUCGUGAAUCAUCAAAUGGUGUCAUCACUCUAGCUGGAUCUACAGAAGUUAGUGUUAGCACACCCAAAGAAAUGGCUUCUUGUCUGGAGCAAGGAUCACUGAGUAGGGCGACGGGAAGUACCAAUAUGAACAAUCAGUCAAGUCGUUCGCAUGCCAUCUUCACCAUCACAUUAGAGCAAAUGCGUAAACUAAAUCCAGCAUUUCCCGGUGAAAGCAAUAAUGACAAUAUGAGUGAAGAGUAUUUGUGUGCAAAGUUGCACUUGGUAGAUCUAGCUGGGUCUGAACGAGCCAAGAGAACAGGCUCUGAUGGAUUACGUUUCAGGGAAGGAGUUUAUAUAAACAAGGGUCUUCUUGCACUUGGAAAUGUUAUCAGUGCUCUUGGUGAUGAGAAGAAGCGCAGAGAAGGAGUCCAUGUUCCUUAUAGGGACAGUAAAUUGACUCGACUCUUACAGGACUCUCUUGGUGGUAACAGCAAAACUGCUAUGAUAGCCUGCAUCAGCCCCGCUGAUAUUAAUGCUGAGGAAACCCUCAACACUUUGAAAUAUGCAAAUCGAGCUCGCAAUAUCCAGAAUAAGCCAGUUGUCAACAGGGAUCCCAUGUCCAAUGAAAUGCUAAAAAUGCGACAACAACUAGAAUACCUGCAGGCCGAACUUUUUGCUCGUGGAGGGUCGUCUUCUGAUGAAACUCAGGUUCUUAAGGAAAGGAUUGCCUGGCUUGAAGCUGCCAAUCAAGAUCUCUGUCGUCAGCUUCACGAAUACCGUAGUCGAUGUAGCAUUGUGGAGCCAUGUGAAACGGAUGCUCGAGUUUGCGUCCAAGGUGGCAUGAAUUGCUCUGUCAAAAGUGAUAGAAUUAUAAAUUGCUCAGUCAAAAGUGAUGGGCUCAAAAGGGACUUGCAAAGUAUAGAAUCACCAGAUUUUCAAAUGAGUGAAACAAUGUCAGGGGACUCGAGUGAAAUUGAUGAAGAGGUGGCAAAAGAAUGGGAGCAUACACUUCUACAGAAUAGCAUGGACAAAGAAUUACAUGAACUAAAUAAACGUUUAGAGCAAAAAGAGUCGGAAAUGAAGCUUUUUGGAGGAUUUGAUACAGCAGCUCUGAAGCAGCAUUUUGGGAAGAAAAUCGUGGAACUGGAAGAAGAGAAAAGAGCUGUGCAGCAAGAGAGGGAUAGCUUGUUAGCUGAAGUUGAAAACCUGUCUGCUUGUUCCGAUGGUCAGACACAGAAAUUAUAUGACAUACAUUCCCCAAAACUCAGAACACUUGAGGCUCAGAUUCUGGAACUCAAGAAGAAACAGGAAAACCAGGUUCAGCUACUAAGGCAAAAACAAAAAAGUGAUGAAGCAGCCAAAAAAUUGCAGGACGAGAUUCAAUUCAUAAAGGCUCAGAAGGUUCAAUUACAACAAAGGAUGAAACAAGAGGCGGAACAAUUUCGACAAUGGAAAGCGUCUCGUGAGAAAGAGCUCCUCCAGCUAAAAAAGGAGGGCAGGAGAAAUGAAUAUGAAAGGCACAAACUGCAAGCUCUAAAUCAACGGCAGAAAAUGGUUCUUCAAAGAAAAACAGAGGAGGCUGCAAUGGCCACCAAGAGGCUGAAAGAACUACUGGAAGCUCGUAAAUCUAACGGUCGAGAAAAUUCAGGUAUUACAAAUGGAAAUGGAAUGAAUGGGCAGAUCCAUGAGAAACCUCUACAACGCUGGCUUGACCAUGAAUUGGAAGUAAUGGUGAACGUGCAUGAAGUUCGUUUUGAAUAUGAAAAACAGAGCCAAGUGCGAGCUGCACUUGCAGAAGAGUUAUCCAUGCUGAGGCAAGUGGAAGAGUUUGCUUCAAAGGGCCUCAGCCCUCCAAGAGGGAAGAAUGGUUUGGCUAGAGUGUCCUCUAUGUCGCCAACCGCAAGAAUGGCCAGAGUAACGUCGCUUGAGAACAUGAUAAGCAUAUCCUCAAAUUCCCUCGUGGCGAUGGCUUCACAACUUUCAGAGGCAGAGGAACGAGAGCGUGCCUUCACCAACCGCGGACGAUGGAACCAAUUGCGCUCCAUGGGAGAUGCUAAGAAUUUACUUCAAUACAUGUUCAAUUCUCUGGCAGAUGCACGGUGUCAAUUAUGGGAAAAGGAACUUGAAAGUAGGGAAAUGAAGGAGCAACUGAAAGAACUUGUGGGACUGCUGCGGCAGAGUGAGACACGGAGAAAGGAAGUAGAAAAGGAGCUAAAAGUGAGAGAGAAGGCUGCUGCAAUUGCAUUGGCUUCAUCUGCACCGGUCCAUCGUGAGAAUGAGAGCAGACCACUUUCAUUAAAACACUUUGCUGAUGAAUUGAGUGGUCCCUUGUCCCCAAUGUCAGUACCAGCUCCAAAGCAACUCAAGUAUACAGCAGGAAUUGCCAAUGGCUGCGUUAGAGAUUCUACAGCGUUCCCAGAUCAAACACGAAAGAUGGUACCAAUUGGAAACUUAUCAAUGAAGAAGUUAGCAACUGUAGGUCAAGCUGGGAAGCUUUGGAGAUGGAAGAGAAGCCAUCAUCAAUGGCUGUUAAAGUUUAAAUGGAGAUGGCAGAAACCAUGGAGACUUGCAGAAUUGAUCAGACAUAGUGAUGAAACAAUAAUGAGAUCAAGGUCUCGACCACAUGCUCUUCUUGCUGGGAGGUGAUAUUUGGUGGUUUCGGGUUUAUUAUCCCCCAAAUAUCAUUGACUUUGAACUAUGAUUCCACCUCAUGUCACAGGAACAAAUUGCAAUAACUGCAGCAGCUGAAGUCAGGCAGGCUUAUAUGAUCUCUGCAUAUUUCUUCAAUGGAAAACCAUUUUGGUAGAUAUGUGAUUUUGGAUUCUUUUAUGUUGUGGUUAUCACAUUUGAAGCAUCUUGUAAAGCUUGUAUGGAUGCUACAAAAUGGGGUCACCCGACGACUAGCUAGCAUGGCUGCAAGUGCAGGAACGGGGCGAGCAUUUAUACAAUGGAUAGAGAGAUCGCUCAAGAAAGCUUUGUAUAUCUUGUCAAUAACAAGAAAAGGAAUGCAGGAAUGUGUACUGAAGUUUUUUUCUCUCUUUAGUCCUUCGGUUUAUCUUCGUUUUGAGUACAAUAUUGAUUUGUUGAAAGAAACUAUUAGGUUGGAGGAGAGAAAAAAAAAAAGAAAAAAACAGAACUCUUACUAAUAUGUUUUGUCUUUCUGUGUGAUACUAAUCUUAUUACUUGAGGACUCAAGCUUUGUAAAUGUAUCUGUAUCUAAGCAAAAGAAGAAACUUUGAAUCAAACUUUAUGAAUUGUACA